CACUUCAUGUAGCAUCACAAAAUGGUCACAAAGAUGUAGUUCAUCUACUUAUUGAAAAAGGGGCAAAUGUUAAUGUAAAGGAAAUUCAUGAACGGACUGCACUUCACUUAGCAUCAUAUAAUGGUCACAAAAAUGGUGUGGAUCUACUUAUUGAAAAAGGGGCAAAUGUUAAUGUAAAGGACAUUCAUGGAUGGACCUCACUUCACUUUGCAUCACAAAAUGGUCACAAAGAUGUAGUUGAUCUACUUAUUGAAAAAGGGGCAAAUGUUAAUGAAAAGGGACUCAAGGAUUGGACUGCACUUCACUUAGCAUCACAAAAUGGUCACAAAGAUGUUGUUGAUCUACUUAUUGAAAAAGGGGCAAAUGUUAAUGAAAAGGGACUCGAAGAACGGACUGCACUUCAUGUAGCAUCACAAAAUGGUCACAAAGAUGUAGUUCAUCUACUUAUUGAAAAAGGGGCAAAUGUUAAUGUAAAGGAAAUUAAAGAAUGGACCGCACUUCACUUAGCAUCACACAAGGGUCACAAAGAUGUUGUGGAUCUACUUAUUGAAAAAGGGGCAAAUGUUAAUGAAAAGGGACUCAAGGAUUGGACUGCACUUCACUUAGCAUCACAAAAUGGUCACAAAGAUGUUGUUGAUCUACUUAUUGAAAAAGGGGCAAAUGUUAAUGUAAAGGAAAUUAAUGAAUUGACUGCAUUUCACUUAGCUUCACAUAAUGGUCACAAAGAUGUAGUUCAUCUACUUAUUGAAAAAGGGGCAAAUAUUAAUGAAAAGGGACUCAAAGAUUGGACUGCACUACACUUAGCAUCAACAAAUGGUCACAAAGAUGUAGUGAAUCUACUUAUUGAAAAAGGGGCAAAUGUUAAUGUAAAGGAAAUUCAAGAAUGGACGGCACUUCACUUAGCAUCACAAAAUGGUCACAAAGAAGUAGUUGAUCUUCUUAUUGAAAAGAAAGCAAAUGUUAAUGAAAUUAAUAUUAAAAAUUGGACUGCCCUUUAUAUAGCCUCAUUUUCUGGUAACUUUGAAGUUGUUCAGUUAUUAAUAGAUCAUGAUGCUAGAUGUGAUGAAAAUUUAUUGAUUGCUUUAAUCUUUGAUACUUUUGGAUUAACUACAAAUAUCAGAUCCCAAAUUAUAAGAUCUCUUUUUAAAAAUGGUUCAUCUAUAAAUCAAAUUCAUAACAGUGGUCAGACGGCACUGAUGUUUGCUGUAAUUAGUGGACAUAAAGAUAUAAAGCCAUUAUAUGUUCAGAAGGAUGGUGUUGAUCAUGAUGCACGUGUCAUGAACAGUUCAAUUUUACACAAACGUCGAGAAAUUAUUUCAGAACUACUAAAAAAUGGAGCAGAUGUUAACAUACAAGAUAAAGAUGGUUGGACGACACUGAUGUUUGCAUUAGACUGUGAUGACAUGGAAACUGUGGAACAAUUAAUUCAAAAUAACGCGAACCUGAAUAACACAAAUAAUAAUGGAUGGACAGCUCUGUCAAUAGCAUCACAAAAUGGACACAAUGUUACUAUUGGUAAAUUGAUUGAUCAUGGUGCUAAUGUCAAUCAGAGAGUCACUGAUGGUUGGACAAAUCUCAUGAUAGCAGUGCUUAAUAACAAAAAGGAAACAGUGAAUUUGUUGAUUGAAAGAGGGGCGAAUGUUAAUGACACAAAUGUUUUUAGUUGGACAGCUUUAAUGAUAGCAGCAGGAAAAGGUUUCACGGACAUUGUUCAAAUUCUAUGUGAUGAAAAAGCAAAUAUUAAUCAGAAAAAUAGAUACGGUUGGACUGCUUUAAUGAAAGCAUCUCAGAAUGGUCAUAGUAGCACAGUUCAAUGUCUGAUUAAUAAUGGCGCCAUUACUGGUGAAAAGAAUACAAAUGAAACGACAGCUCUUAUGAUUGCGUCACAAUAUGGACAUAAAGAAAUUGUUAAAACACUUAUAAACAGUGGAUCAAAUAUAAAUGAGAAUAAUAAAUAUGGGUCAACACCCUUGAUUAUUUCAUCAUAUUAUGGACAUAGAGAUAUCGUUGAAUUAUUGAUUUCUAAAGAAGACAAAGAUUUUGAGGAUAAUAAAGACAUAUCAUUUGCUUUGUGUUCUGCUUUGGAAAACAUACGAAGUGAUAUCGUGGAAUUGUUAAUUGAACGAGGAGCCGUUGCCCGUGAGUUUAGAGAUUAUGAAAUUGCAACUCUGAUGAGACCACUCCAGUGGAAAGCCUUUGAUGUCGACACACUGAAAACCAUACGUGAAACCUGCCAUAUAUUAGUUAAAAAUGAUUGUUUUUGCAAAUACAAACCACAAUAUCAAUAUUUCAAGAAAACUUUAUGUGGAGAAAAGACAAGUGGAGGACAUUUUUCAACUAAAGCUAAUCAAGGUCAAAGUUCUUUAUUUUCUAAUUUUCUACAGUAAGUAGAUUUUUUUCCUCAACGGUUUAAAAAGAAGUCAUAAAACACUUUUUGGCUAAUUCUAAGAAAGACAGUGUUAAAUUCGAGAAUUUUUUAUUCUAUUCCACCUCUUCAUGUAAGUAUUUGAAAGUAUUCAUAAAAAAAUCAAGCAUUGAAUUGUUAAAGUUAAAUUUAUUAAAAAAUCUUCAAAAAAGAGUAUAAUGCUUCUAUAUAAACGUAUUUUAGCAAGUAAUUUAGAAUCGUUCUGAAAAUUAUUUUCUUAUUUUGUAGCAAAUAUCAGGUUUUUUUUUCAUUAAUGUUAUUCGAGGGAUAAACAGUUACAUUUAUGUUUUCAAUCUUAAAAUUAAAUUAUUAAACAAUCAAUAUUAAUGCCUUAAUAUAAUUUAUAAACAUUUUUAAUAAAGUUAGAUAAUUGUUAUUUAGCUGGAUUUACUUAAAUAACUUACACGACUUUAUAUGGAAUUUGUGUCAACUAUACAUGCAAAAAUGCUAUUUUUUAAAAACGUUGAAUACAAUAUACAAAUAUUAAUUCUGAUAAUCAUGAACCAUUCGUUUUAUCUUUAUUUUUUGUUAUUAUAUUUCAGGAAAGAUAUGUUUGAACUUCCUGUGCAACCACAGCUUUUUUCCGCUGAAAUGUCUACAAAUCACUACAGUCAUCUUCUUAACAAUACGUAAGUCACAUAGCAUACUAAUAUGCUGCAGUUUGACUAAAUGUAUUAAUAUUACAGACAAAAAAAGAUAAGUUAGCAUCCUUUGAUUUGUCCAAAAAAUGUACACCUGUUUUGAUAGGCUUUUAUUCAGAGCUAUAUUUUCCUUUAUGCAUAGAAAAUAGCAGGCCGAAGGCUGAUAUACAACAGUUAUUACAACUAACUAUUUACAAAAUAUUCAGAAUCAUUUAGACGUUUUAAUAUUUAUUUUCUGAUUACACUCGGGAAAUCCACACACACUUCAUUGGUGUUUGAAUUCCCUUGAUACAUUACCUACAGCUGUGGAUGUUAUGUUGGUUGUUUCAUUUAAAAUUUUAAUUAUUGGAUUGUUUUCUACUAGAAUUUUGAUAUUAUGGAUAUCAAGGCCGGGUAAUGGAUUGAUGGGCCACGAGAAAAUGUUAAUGCAUGGUCCCUAAGAAUGAAAUAAUUGUAAUGAAAAUUCUGUAAAUGACAAACAUGAUAUAUAUAUAUAAAUACCCACACAAAGAGCAACAUUUUGUUAGGCUCCUAUAACAUUAUUAAGGCUCGUAAAUUUUUCGUCUAGAAAAUGUAGCACAUUGUGGUGAAUAGUCGUCUAGGUGUAAGUUUCCUCUCAACGGCCACAAGAAGAAUUUCAGAGUGUAAAACAUCAUUUCUCUCUUUUAGCCCCUAAAAGGCUGAUGUAAAACAUUCACAUUUCAAAAAGAGCAACAUUUUGUUAGGCUCCUAUAACAUUAUUAAGGCUCGUAAAUUUUUUGUUUAGAAAAUGUAGCACAUUGUGGUGAAUAGACGUCUAGGUGUAAGUUUCCUCUCAACGGCCACAAGAAGAAUUUCAGAGUGUAAAACAUCAUUUCUCUCUUUUAGCCCCUAAAAGGCUGAUGUAAAACAUUCACAUUUCAAAAAAAAAAAAAAAAAAAAAAAAAAAAAAAAAACAAAAAAAAAAAAAAAAAAAAAAAAAAAAAAAAAAAAAAAAAAAAAAAAAACAACACGAGAUGGUUUGAAUAAAAAGUAUUCUUUAAUUAUUUUUAUGUUUUGUUAAAACACAGUGCACAAUAAAGACAAAGCAGAAAUAAAAAGGUUCACAUUGGAAGAAAGGAAAUUGCUAUUCACCAUGGACGAUGCACCCAGCUUAAAAAACCAAUCUCACAUUCCUUGCAAAAUUGCUUCUUCUCGCUCAAAACAAUUAUUAAACACCAAUCCGGAAAAACGUCAUAGCUCAUUCGUGGCUAAGUAAAAGUAGUGCCAUAUCUGUGGAAGUUAAUAAAACAAACAUUACAGCGCAGUGAAAAAAUUAUACGCAGCAGGAAGGACGUCACAUCUGACAUGAUCUGACAGUGACACAUAUAUAUUCCGUAGGGUCAAGGUGCUGGCUAAUUGAUAGGGAUAAGGGUUGAUUUGUUGAGGAUGCAAAUAUGUGUUUCUAUCAAUUUGCACCUAUCAAUAUCUUAAAAAAAUAUGAGCAUCUCACACAUUUUUAAACCUUUUCACGGUAUAGGCAAAUAAAACAGACGCAAUUUCAAAACUACAAAUUACAGUUUGAGACUUUCAACGUCACAUGGAUGAAUUAAAUUUAAAAAAUCGUGUAUGGAUAUAUCUAACAUCUGGACUAAAAAAAAUAACAGUAAACUGACCCAACAAUAAUUUUUUAACAUGCAUUGUUUUUUGUUUUUGGUUUUUUAAACUUCAGGAUCAACCAUUUAGCUCCAAUAAUAAACAUUCAACAUGUGGAGAAUUUUGUUGGAGAAGGAAGCAUUAAUUUGAUACCGAGAGGAGUUAAAAGAAAGGCCACAUCACAAUGCUUCACUACAAAACGGAGGAAGAUGGACAAGUGACAAGAUAAAUCUUUUAUAAUUUUUUUUCCUUGAAAGAAAGUAUUAUUUGAAGCUUGAAUAAGACACUAUUUGUUAUGAAAAAAAAACCAGGAAAGUUUGCAAUAGAUACAUAAUUAUGUAAUAUGUACAUUCAGGCCUACUCAAGAUGGAGGUGGGACGUUUAGCUGGUAUUUUGUUCCGGGGCCUAUCGAGCUCAAAGUGGCAUCAUAAUGGACAUUUUGCUUGUUUACAUUUUACACUGGUUGUGGGG